CUGUUUGCUCACAAUUUUUCUUGCAGCCGCAGAGCCAAGUCAUCAACCCUUCUUUCAGAAGUCAUCAAAAUCAACAUGACAUUCCAGCACAUCUGCGACGUGAACAACCAAGGCGUGGGGCUCCUGGCGGCGGGGAACGCCAAGGAUGCCCUUGUCCUAUUUGCAAGGGCCGUGGCGAUGAUUCAGCAAGACAAUUUUUGCCAAGGAUCAGAGGCUCCUUCGUUGCCUUUGUCUAUUGUCCCUUUGGAAGUGGACACAAGCUCUUCAAGCUUUGCCAUUGCCGUGCCCCAGGCCCUCCAGUGCUUUGGAACAGGCUGUAUGGCGGAAGAAGACAAACACACCUUCUGCUGCGUCCUUAACUUCAACACAGCACUGGCACUUCAGUACCAGUUUGGAUCUUCCUCGUCAAGCAAACUCGAAGUGGGGAUCAAGGCCGUCCAGUGCUACAAGCGCUCCAUGAAGUACCUCAAGAUGGUUCAUUCAACGGAGGACGCUGCGCGGUUGAUUGGGCUCUCCGUUGCAGCUAUGAGCAACAUGGCGGAGAUUCUUUUUGACAUGAACCGGGUUGAAAUGUCAGCCAAACUAAUGAAAAUGGGCCAAGACCUGCUUCAGACGGAAGAGAACAUUCCUAUUGUUGACCUACGAAGCAGAGAUUGCAUUGCAUGGAAUGCGCACAUCUUCUCCCAGAGCGUACAGCUCAAAAGAGGGGCCUCUGCGGCCUAAGAAGGCAUGUUGGGAAGCAAGCAAAUGAGACCACGAACCAGUCACUUGUCAUCAGGCUUAUAAGAGACUUCCGAAGAGGUGCUACGACGCAACACACAAGUAUUUAGGUUGGCUGCAAUCGCCCCUGUACACAUAAGCAUGCAUAUCGACC